AUGAUAUUCAUCGUUCGUGGCCCUGAAGGCCAGAGACGGGUGGAGGUAGACGAGUCUAAGGUGCUUGGGCCCCAGUUGCUUGCGUUCUUCGAGGUGGGGCAGAUAUCUGUGUUCUCUGCUCCGGACGGCAAGGGUGAGCUUGACAAGAGCCAAGCUCCAGAUGCCCUGGGACUUAGGAAUGGACAAGUUCUAUAUGUCGAGUACGAAAAGAAGAGAGAUGUGCCGAAGCCGAAGCAGGACUGCUCCAAGGGCAUAAAGAGAGAGAAAGACAGCAUGAUGUGCCAGCACGACUCCAAUGCGAUGUGCAGUAACUGUGCACCCUUGGACCCUUGGGACGAGAAGUACUACAAGGACAACAUGAUCAAGUAUCUCAGCUUCGGGUCGUACUGCGAGAUGAUGAAGAGCAAGAAAAAGGAGCUAGGGGUUGAGAGCUACUCUGUGGGGACAUGCGAAGACCAUGGACCCCAUGCAAAGUGCAACAGAUGCCAGGAAAAGAACAUAAUACUGGCGCCUCAGGUGUUCCGAAUGGUUGACCAUGUCGAGUUUGACGGGAAGCAUCUGGUGGAGAACUUUAUCAGGAACUGGAGGGAGAGCGGAAGACAGAGAUUUGGGUUUCUUGUGGGGAGGUACAUGGACCAUGAGAUGAUCCCUCUGGGGACAAAGGCAGUUGUCUCCGGGAUAUGGGAGCCAGAGCAGGAGGACUAUCCAGAUGGAUUUGUAAUAACAGGGUCCAUGGAUGCUCCCUUUUCCGGCACAGGGCUGGAGAUAGUCGGAAUGAUAUACACCGACAUCUUGAUGGAGAGGGGAAGUGUUACAAGUGACAAGGUUGCCAAGGGCUACUUCCUGUCGUCCCUAGAGAUUGAGUUUAUAGCAAAGAUGCAGCUGAUGCAUCCGCAUACAGUAAGAGAUGGCGGACGUGAAAUGGAGUUCGGAUCGAGACUUGCAACUAUAGUUGUUACCGCAGAAAAGGAUGGAAGUAUCGGGCUCCAAGAGUACCAGGUAAGCAAUCAGUGCAUGGCACUUGUCAAGGGGGGCUACAUCCUUCCCACGGAAGACCCGAGAAGGUUCCUGGCGACAAGAGACAUUUUUUAUAGAACAAAGGCAGAGGAGGCAAUGGUCAAGGCGGAUCCCUAUCUCCCGGGAGAGUUUUUCCUGGUGAAGCUAACACACGGGUGUAAGCCAAAUCCCCUCUUCAGGAGCAUCGACUUCAUUCCAAAGAAGUUUGGAGACAGGAAGAUGGCAGAAUACUUUGGGGGAGAUUUUUCGAUGGAAAGAUUCUCGAACUUCACCCUUCUGACAAGAAUACAGGGGGUCUUCUCCAACUGGAAGGAUCUUCUCAAGUGCAUAGUCGAGAGGGACGAAGAUAAGUUCAGGGCCAUCUCCAGCUCGGAAGACUUUAAGAGCUUUGUAUCCAGCAUGGAGAGGUAUAGAUCCGCUGGGUGGGAAUGCAAGAUGUGUACUUUUAUUAACGAGAAGAACUCGUGCACCUGUGAAAUGUGCAACAGCACUCGAGACUGA